AUGGCGCAACCUGCGAGCGAAGACAUGGCUCUUGAUGACCCCGCCACUGCAAAAGAUAUCAUCGUCGUGCUUCGUAGGACAAAGCAAGAGACUGCUUCCGCAGCCCUUGAAACUGUGCCUGGUUGGCAGGACACCGAGGAGGGGCGUAAGAGAAGGAAAAGUGCCUUCUCCCUAGAUGUCUCAAAAGGAACAGCAGACAACAAGAGAAAGAGAAAUGAGCCUCUCCCUUUCAAAGAUACAAAGCAGGCUGUGGAAGUCCUGCAGGCGGCGAGCUUCUUGGGAUGCGAGACUUCCAUUCAAGCCUGCUGUGACUACUUGAACGCUGCGGUUUGGUCUGGGGAAGAAGCUGACACUAUCAAAGAGGUUGUAAAGGGACUCGGCUCAGAAGUUGUCAAGGCGUUGGCAGACAAGCUGGCAAAGUUUGAGGCGGAUGCGGAAUUUUUGGAGCCGCUCUUCGAGACCCUGUUAUCGGGGAUGCUGGAUGGGAAUGAGACGGCUGAAGACCUUAUCAGCAUCCACGCCAAGUUAGAGUGGCAAGGUCUAUCCCAGGAAUUCGUGAAGGAUGCACUUUCCAAGAAGAUCGUGGAGGUCAAUGGCGAGUUUAGAAGGCUUCUAUAUGGAGGUUUAUCUUACGAUCGCGCGUUCUACUUGGGCAAUCUUUCUCUGGUCUCGCAGCUCCUCCGGUUUUGUCUGAUGCACGGCGUCUGUCACAGCGAAGCCAUAGAAGCGGUUGCGAAGCCCGAGUUUGCUCCCAGAUUCAGCGCGGUUAUGGGAAGACACUGCUCGGAUCAGGCAAGCGCGGAAAUUUUUUUUGGAUUCAUCUCCAAUGUGCUUACCCUGAUACAGUGCACAAGCUUAGAAGAGGAAAAGAAAGUACAGAUAGCACGAGCCUGGAUCUUGGCGGGGGCAUGUCUAGGAAACUUCACGGGCUACACGGAAGACCUGGCGUCUUGUACUAAGAACCUUUUUGAGGUUGCCAAGGAUCUCUUCGUUUCUUUCAGUGAAGCAGAUCAAGACGUCUGCAGGCACGAGUGGGCUGCCUUGAGAGAGACCGACGCCUCAUCCGGCAACCUGGUGCAAAAGUUUGCUUGGACUGAGGCGACAAACUUUGGAGCGAGUGAUCCUAUGGUCCUCAUGAGAAUGCAUCUCAAAGGAGGCUUCGGGAAUAGGAAACUUUCAGAGGCAGUGUCUAAGUUCACUCGAAGCUGCCCGGAGCUGGUUCCGGAGCUCAUCGGAUCCUGGAAUCAACUAGAGGAGCAGCCCAACCUGUGCAGCUCGGGCUAA